UCUAAACUAAUCAGCAGCAUAUCUCAGUAUACACUGUCAAACACACACAUUGCUAGACAACCUUGCAUUAUUAUAUGGAAAACAACUAUAUUGGUCAACGAGAGCACAACUUCUCCGUUGACCAAGUGUCUUAUAGAGGCGUUCGUCGGAGGAAAUGGGGCAAAUGGGUGUCGGAGAUCCGGGAACCCGGUAAGAAAACCCGUAUUUGGCUCGGGAGCUACGAGACAGCCGAGAUGGCAGCAGCGGCCUACGAUGCUGCGGCUCUUCACCUCCGAGGUCAUGGGACCAAUCUCAACUUCCCGGAACUGGCCAACAGUUUUCCUCAGCCGGAGAGCUCGAGUCCCGAGCACGUUCAAGCGGCUGCUCAGGAGGCAGCACUUAUGUUUAAACCAGGUGGGUCUACUGAACCAUCUCUCGACUCCGGUCAAGGAAUUUCUCGGGUCGGAUUGUCUCCUGAUCAGAUUCAGGCUAUUAAUGAGUUUCCAUUAGACUCCCCGAGGAUGGGGUGGAUGCAGGACUUGGAAGUGACUGAUUACGAAGAGUUAUACGGACGGUUCUUUGGUCAGUACGACAGGGAUGAGUUUUUUGAAAUGCAGCAACUUCAGUCCAUAUGGAAUUCUAGUUGAUAUUACAUCUGCUUAAACAUCUUAUUUUAUUUAUGAUGUUACCAACCAUUUAAGAUUUUGAUUUUACUGAUUAACUAUUUCAUGAAAUACAAUAAAAUUUUGACCCGAAAUUAAUGUUUUUCUUGGGUAAUUUGUAAUCUUUUGUCAAACGAAGAUGUGACUGAAUCAAAUAUUAUUAUAUUUUUGGGCUUAUGGUCUGCCAGAUGAUUUGGAAUGUUUUAUAGGAGAAAUAAAUACAUUU